CCCAAUCCCAAUUCCGGAAGGUGCGGUGGACGACUUUAAUCUGCCCUUGUAGAUUUCACAAGCGGUGAAGCUGAUUCUACGAAAGCAUCAAUCGAUCCUUUUGGAAUCUCAUUCUACGAGAGCGUGAAACCCUAGUCGAAGAUGCCGAAGAAGAUGGGAGUCAAUUCCAAAGCCGAGGAGGCUCGGGCUCGGAAGACCGCUACCGAGACGGAGCGGAAGUCGCGGGAGGCUCGCGAGAAAGAAGAGCAGUACUGGCGUGAAGCUGAGGGCUCCAAGUCCCGUGCUGCCAAGAAGAAAGAGGAGGAGAACGAGAAGAAAGCGGAGGCCGCGGCCCGUCGCGCUGAGGCUCGUCGGUUAGCGGAGCUUGAGGAGAAAGAACUCGAUAAGGCCAUGAAGAAACCCGAUAAGAAGGCUAAUCGGGUCGCUAUCCCGGUCCCCAAGGUCACUGAGUUGGAACUCCGCCUUAGACGAGAGCAGGAGCAGGCUGAGCUUGCAAAGAAGGCUGAGGAGGCAAAGAAGCGCCAUGCCCGGACUGCCGCCGAGGAGGAGUACGAGAGGAUGGUGCUGGUGAGCAACACCAAUCGCGACGAUUCAAUAAUAGAGGCAAGCACCGUUGAGGAAGCAAUUGCCAAGAUGGCAGUCUCGGAAAGCCUGCCGGUUGAUCGUCAUCCCGAGCGGAGGCUCAAGGCGUCCUUCAAGGCUUUUGAGGAAGCUGAGAUGCCCAACCUGAAGGAAGAGAAACCUGGGCUUACUCAUAACCAAUACAAGGAUAUGAUAUGGAAGCUGUGGAAGAAGUCUCCAGACAAUCCUCUCAAUCAGGUUGCUGAGUGAAUGCUGGAGUUGGCCCUUGGGGGCGGGUGGUAAAGGAUUGCUGCAGUCUCAUGUGUUGUGAAGCAAAUAUGCAGUUUCUUACCAACUAUGCGUGUGUAGUUUCAGCCUGAACUAUCAUACACGAUUAAUUUAAUAAUCUCCUUCAAUCUUUAGCCCAUAAAAAAAAGGUUUUUUUUUUUUUUUUUCCCUGAAGUUGUUGUGGCCCAAUUGCUCAUAGGCUAUCAGGCUAUAGCUAUCCUUUUCCUUCAUUUCCUAUUUCUCCCAUCUCAUCCCAUCCUUUAGAGCGUUAAUUAUCAAGUAUUGUACAUGAGAGAUGUAUUUGCAUAAAAGGCAUAUAGUAUUCUGGA